CCCUGCCCCCCGUCCUCCGCGCUCUUGACUCUUCUCCCCAGGCGCCUGCUGCUUUUUACACCAACAGUAUGCACCGGAAAUCAUGAGUUCCCCCCCGGUGCCUUGUCAGGAGCCAUCACGCCCCCGGGCGCCCGGCACUCGUAGCCGACCGGCCAUGUAUCAGGACCGGUCCCAGUCCGAUAGUCAGCCUGGCCUCUCGACCGCGAGCUUGCCCCUGGACUUACCGUACACAGUUUCGCCAUGCCUCGAUUCCUUGAGCGAUAUUGACGAUCUCCGAGGGACGCACCCUGAUGAUCUUGAAGAUCUGCCUUUCUCCUCAUCCGGCUUGGACCUGCGUUUGAAUAAUUAUAAUGUCAAGCGGCUCCUCGCACAUAAUGACCUUCUCCAUGCUGUGGCGUUGGAUCACCUGAAGCAUGCCCGGCCGGGCCACGCCGCGCGCACUCUACGUGUGGUGUACGCCAAUUUGCGCAUCCUGGCUGACUGGGCCGCCCAAGGGGGGCUCGUCAAUGCCGAGGAAAGCCACUUCGCUCGUGAUGCCCAAUUGCCGUCCAACUCGGAGGAGUCCCACACGCAGGUGCUUGCCGAGUCUCCCCGGCCAGCCGAAUCGCCAGACUGACGCCCAGCAAAGGAUGUAAAAUAGAAAGAGAAAAGGCAAUCAAGCGGAAA